AUUUCACGGAAUUUUAUAUGAUGUAACAUUUUGCGACCACACUAUAAUUUCUUUGGAUGUCUUGGAAGUUCUGCCCAACAUUCUUCGUCUUGGGAUUAAAUUGUUAAAACGGGCAAAGAUCUGGUUUGUGAGUAUGCCUGUAAGCAGUUCUUCAGAGAACAAAUUUACCAUUCUGUACGGUUCUCAGACGGGUCAAGCGAAAGCUAUUGCUGAAGAAAUCCACGAAUUAUCUGAACAACAUGGCCUGGAUUCGAACCUUUUUUGUCUCAGUCUGACGGAGAAGAAAUUUACCCUAGAGAAAGAAACCCUUGUGGUGUUUGUAGUGUCAACAACAGGAGAAGGGGAUCCUCCAGAUACCAUGUGUAAGUUUUUCAGAAGACUGAAAAAGAAGACUCUGCCCACCAACCAUUUGGAAAAUUGUCGUUACGCUUUACUCGCGCUUGGGGACACCAAUUACACAAAUUUUUGUAACAAUGGUAAAAACCUUGAUAGGAGAUUAAUGGAGUUAGGUGCUCGGCACUUCUAUGACACGGGGUAUGCCGAUGAUGCAGUUGGUUUGGAGUUAGUAGUAGAGCCAUGGAUAGAAGGACUAUGGUCUGCACUGUGGAAGCAGUUGGGUCUGGGGACACAGGAUGGUGGUGUGUUAGAUGUUGAGGCAAAAGUUCCUGUGAUUGAUUCAUCUGGACAAGCCGUUGGUGAAAGCAAAUCUAGAGAGGUUAUAGCUGACUCAGUCGUAGAGAACACCAGCAAUGGCAUUUCGCAUGUGACAGAUCCAGUUGAUGGUGUAACGAAUGGUCACAGCUGUGAGCAAGUAGAUGAAAGGAGUCUUACCAAUGCUGCAUCAGUCGCAGUGAUUGCAACAAAACCUCCUGGCGAUCAGAAUUUACCAGUUGCAGAUGACAGUGUCUCAGUUGCAUGUAAUGGUGGGUAUGCAUUAGCAAACACUUUAAGUGAUCAUUUAAAACAUUCUGUGCCCCCCUUGUCAACUUCCGCCUUGUCUAUACCACAAUUAUCACCAGCUUAUUUACAGAUAAGCUUCAAUCCUGAUCACAAACUGGACUGCUCCACAUUACCUCUUCAAGCUGGUGCAAUCUUCCCAAGUGCUGUAACUGAAGUCUCCAUGGCAACAGUUGUCUUGGCAAGGCAACUGACAGAGAGGAAUUCGAUAAAGACAAGUUUGGACGUAGAACUGGAUAUCACAGACUGCAACAUGAACUACGAACCUGGGGACUCCUUUGGUAUUGCAUGUCCAAACCCUAAAACUGAGGUUGAUGAACUAAUUUCAAGGUUAGAUUUGACUGAGAAAGCAGAUAUUCCAUUCUCCAUUCAUUUGAUUCCAUCUACAACCAAAAAGGCAGCAGUUGUACCAAACUACAUUCCUGAGAACUCCACCAUCAGGUGUACUCUGCUAACAUGCCUGGAAAUCAGGAGUAUUCCAAGUAAAGCUCUUUUAAGGGUUUUGGCUGAGCACACUACUGAUCCACAAGAGAAGAGAAGACUCCAAGAACUUUGCAGCAAACAAGGCACAAGUGAUUACACCAAGUUUGUCAGAGAACCUUCCUUGUCUCUGUUGGACCUACUCAACAUCUUUCCAUCAUGUAGGCCUCCAUUUGAAAGGUUAUUAGAACUUUUGCCCCGCCUAAAAGCACGUCCUUACUCAGUGUCAAGCUCCCCUCUGGAAAAUCCCAAUGGUCUUCACUUUGUUUUCAACAUUGUAGAGUUUCCAGCCCUGGAAGGUGUAAGAGGCCAAAGGCAGGGUGUUUGUACUGGAUGGUUGGCUUCUAUUACGAAAGCGCAGAGGAAAGUAUCAAGUGAUAGCAGCAAAGAAUCUGAUGUUGGCCUGUCUCAGUUGACGAUGAAAGAUGAACCAAAAGUUCCAGUGUAUCUGCGCAAAAAUCUUCACUUUAAACUACCAAGUGCCCCUAACACACCCAUCAUUAUGAUUGGUCCUGGCACUGGGGUAGCACCAUUCAUAGGCUUUCUGCAGCAUAGGGAACACAUCCUAAAAGCGUCUAAUUGCAAAGAGCCACUUGGAGAAUCGUGGCUCUUCUUUGGCUGCUGUCACAAGGAAAGAGAUUACCUGUACUGCCAAGAGCUUGAACAUUACUUGUCCACUGGUGUUUUGUCGCGCCUCUUCCUCUCCUUCUCUCGUGAUAAAGUCAACAAUUUGUCUGGUAAACCAGCACCAAAAUAUGUUCAAGACAACUUGAGAAGCCAUGCCACUGAGGUAGCUGAACAACUGUUUAACAAACAAGCAGUGGUUUACAUUUGUGGAGAUGCUGAUAACAUGGCCAAAAAUGUGUUUGACACUUUUCUGCAGAUUACUCAAGAGUACAAGGGGGUAGACAUAGCUGAGGCACGAAAGGAAAUGUUGAAAUUGCGUGAAAACAAGCAAUACCUUGAAGACAUUUGGACUUAGUCAUAUAUGUAAUACAAGUUAUGGACAUGCAUAACUUGAUAUUAAUGGCACUAUUGCUUUGAAUUUCUGCAUAGGUUAAGGAAUUGCUCCAUGGUUGAGACAUAUCAGUGCUGUCAAUAACUAUAGAGAGUAGAAUGCAAGUAAGAAAUCAGAAGCAGCCAGGUUAUUGUGAGUGUCAUUUUGUUUCAUUCAAUAACAUACAAGACUGUGGACUAUUAUUAUAUUAAAGUUUGCCAGACACUCCACAAACUUUGCACAAACCAUGGAAAAAAAUUGUAAUUGUGGAAUCAAUUUGCACUUGUAAACUGUUGUUGGUUAGUUAUGCUCAAAUAAUGCUUGAUUUACUCAAACUUAGGAAAUGGCUCUUAUGCAAAUUUUUAGGCAAGUAAUUCAAUUAUUGUGCAUUUUUUAUCAGUACUUGUGGAAAAUUAGGUUAUUUAUAGUCCUGAGCCAGGUUGUUCAAAGAUGGGUUGAGAUAACCCAGGGUUACUGUGAAAUUUGAUUUCAAAUCUGAAAGUUUUAAAAG